AAUCCUAUUUUUUAUUGGCAACUGGUAUGACAUAGAUCAUUUUGUGUUGAGGAAGGUAUUUUGGUGAGUUUCUUAGAAAAUGGAUAUGGGGCCAUGUCCAAAGCAUCUUGAAGAUGAGGAUGCAAAGGCCACUAUUGCUACAUCAGUCUCUGAAGUUACUCAGGCAUCAGAAGUACUAGAGCUUUCAAAGCAGAUUAAGGAGAAAUUGAAAAAAGCUGAUCAAUAUGCUGAAGGCUAUGUCUUCUCACAUGUUCUGGAGGACCUAGACAAUGAUCUUGAAGGCAAGACAGAUCUUAAAAUACGAGCUCUAGAAGAAGUAGAAGAGCUUAGAACUAAAAGAGCGGAUAAACAGUCAACACUGCUUUUGGGUGCAUUCAAUAAAGAUCGGCCAUCUUUGCCCCAACCAUUGCCAAACCCUCCAUCUUUGGCACCACUACCUGUGCCUGCACCUGAUCCUCGGACCCAGGAAAUGAUAAAUGAGAAGCUGAAGAAAGCUGAGAAUCUUGGUGAGAAGGGGAUGGUAGACGAGGCACAAAAGGCAUUAGAAGAGGCUGAAGCACUCAAGAAGCUCUCUGCCAGACAGGAGCCUGUUCUGGAUUCCUCAAAGUAUACUGCUGCUGAUGUUCGCAUUACUGAUCAAAAGCUACGUGUUUGUGAUAUUUGUGGAGCAUUUUUGAGUGUUUAUGACAGGAAGAGAGAAAUAAGAGCCACAAACUUGAUCUGUAUGAUGACAGGAGGUAAUCCUCUUGUGGUUUCUCCUCCUUUUUCCUUUGGUAAACCAUUGGGUGGUGAGGGAGGUGUUGUGAUAUCCUUUUUAUUGGUGGUGUAUGGAUCAAAAGAAAGAAGCAGAGAUCAUGAGAGAGAAUCAAGUCGGGAUCGAGACCGAGGGAGGGAUUAUGAUCGUAGGAGCAGAGAUCAGGACAGGUAUAGUGAUCGAGAUCAUGAUAGGGAUUAUGAGCGCUCUUGGACUUAUGAUUCUAGAAGUAGCCAUAGGUCACGUUUAAGGUCUACGAAACGCUCCAGGGAUCAUGAUCGCCACAGGCGUGACCGAUACUAGAUGCAUGAAUGCUGCCAAGAAGAAAAUGAAUACGAAACCGUUCUUGCUUAGGUAAGCCAACUUAUAUAGGGGAAUAGCAUUCCUCAUUUAAGUUAUUUGACAGUUUGUCAUGUGGUUGUAUCAACAUGUUUAAGAGUGUAUUUGUUGUUUUUUUGGUACCUAGAGACUAGGAAUUGAAUCUUAAACUUAUGGUUAAGAGUACAAGUAAUUCUAUCAUCAGAUCAUAUGGCUGACGGUUAAGAGGGUAUUUGUUACUUGGUGAUUUGUGUUCGGUAUUCGGUAUCAUUGUAAAUGU